UGGCGGCACCGGCGCCAUUUUGCCGGAGCCUGCGACCGAGUGGGAGUGGAGUGGAGCGGCUGUUGUUGCCGACUCUUUCCUCCUCCCCACGGUCCAGUCAGCUGGUUGAUUAGGCCAUCGGCCCUCAAGCCGAGACCUGUCUCUUAUUUAGUUCUGGGGAGUGCCUGGCCGACAUGAGUGAUGUAGAGGAGAACAACUUCGAGGGCAGAUCCUGAAUAUGCUGCUUUUACAGUUUCAGUGAAUGAAAAAGCCUAAGUUGCUGUGCCUGCUCCAGGCAUCUGUCCAGAAAUUUAGAAAGUGUCUGAGAUGUGGUGAAAGACUUAUUGUAGGUUAAUGUUCGUGAAGAAAUUGAAGAGUUUUUUCCAAGAAUGUGGAAGAUAAAUCAAGAUAAAAGAAGGCUAAUGAAAAGUAUUAAAGAUCAGAAAAUUAAAAUUGAAUGGGGGAAAAAAUUGAACAGAAGAUUGGUCAGAUAGAAGCACUUGAAUAUUUUUUUAAGGCUAUUUUGAAUUGUUUGAAUUGGGGAAGAAUACACGAAGUAUGAAAAAUGAAAAACUCAAUGAAGAAUGAAGAGAAGUAGAAAGCAAGAGUGAAGUAGAAUUAAAAGAAUCUGGAAGAAUGAAUGGGUCCUAGGUUAAGUAAAUGUAUGGUUUAUGUUCCAGUGUCUGUAUGAUCAAGUUGUAGAUGAAUUUGCAUGAUUACUUAGUUAAUAGAGAAUUGGUGAUCUGGUUCAAGUAGGGAAUUACUGAGGACAGUUAGCAGUAUUAACAAUGGGUUAUUAAUGAGCUGAAAUUUUUUCUGGAGGGUGUUGCCUAACCAUUUGUUUUUCAGGAGCAAUCAAUAUAAAUAAUUACGGUACUUUAAAUGUUAGGUGUUAGGCAUCUACGUGACCAGUGCCAUUUGUAAUACUGUCUUCUUUGUUAGGAGUCUCGCUCUCAGUCAAAAUCUCCAACGGGAACUCCUGCUCGUGUAAAAUCGGAGAGCAGGUCAGGAUCUCGUAGUCCAUCAAGAGUUUCCAAACACUCUGAAUCCCAUUCUCGAUCAAGAUCAAAAUCCAGGAGACGAUCUCGAAGUAGGUCCUAUACACCAGAAUACCGGCGUCGCAGGAGCCGAAGUCAUUCUCCAAUGUCUAACCGGAGAAGACAUACAGGCAGCAGGGCAAAUCCAGAUCCCAACACUUGUCUAGGAGUGUUUGGCCUCAGUUUGUACACAACAGAGAGAGAUCUUCGCGAAGUAUUUUCUCGAUACGGACCAUUGAGUGGUGUCAAUGUGGUUUAUGACCAGCGAACUGGACGAUCACGAGGAUUUGCUUUUGUUUAUUUCGAGAGAAUAGAUGACUCAAAGGAGGCUAUGGAAAGGGCAAAUGGAAUGGAGCUGGAUGGUAGAAGAAUUCGUGUAGAUUAUUCUAUCACCAAGAGAGCGCACACACCUACACCAGGCAUAUACAUGGGCAGACCAACUCACAGUGGUGGUGGAGGCGGUGGUGGUGGAGGUGGAGGUGGAGGAGGUGGCAGACGUCGAGAUUCUUACUAUGAUAGAGGAUAUGAUCGUGGGUACGACAGGUACGAAGACUAUGAUUACCGGUACAGAAGAAGAUCGCCUUCUCCUUACUAUAGUCGAUACAGAUCACGAUCAAGAUCUCGUUCCUAUAGCCCAAGACGCUAUUGAUAAACAGUGGUUGCAGUUGAGGACAUCUUUUUCUUUCUUUUUUUUCCCUUUCUCUUUUUUUGUUUAAUUCUGGAUUUCCCCAAGCUUCUAAUCCUUCCUACUCCUUAAAAAGAACCCUUAAAAACAUCUUUGGUUUAUUUAGCAUCUACACUUUGUCGAUUGUAUUGCUGUUUUCACCCCUUUUAUUAUAUUCUUAAAGAUGUAAUUGUUGUCAUUUUGAGUAGUUAAACAUCUUGAGUAAAAAAAGGAACCCCCAGUGUUAUGCUUCUGUAAAUGGUUUUUUGUUUGUUUGUUGCUUUUACAGAAAAUUAACUCCUGCCUAAUCGAAUGAGGAAAGAAAUGAUCAUUUUAAAGCUUCUUUUGUGUUAGAUAUUAUAUUAGACAUGGUAUUAGAGAGCUGCAUUUACUACAAACUCCUUUUUUAACUUUCUUUUGGGGAAGUUAGUAACAUAAAGUAGUUCAGUCAUGUCAGGUUUGUCUGGGGUGGCAUGGAGCAAUCAAAUAAUUGAGUGUAGAAAGUUUGAAGCUAUAGAAGAAAACACUUGGUCAUUUCUUUUGAAGAACGGAAUUUUUGAACCCUAAAAAUUAUGUCGUUUUCUUAGAGACGGAAAGCUUGUGGACUCUUACAAAACAUGUUGUAUUUAAAAUACAUUUGUUAAAACUUAAAAA